AUGGACGAAGCAAACCUACCCGAACUACCCGAAGAGAUCUAUCCUCUAAUUCUCUGCUGUCUUCCUGUGAAAUCUUUAAUCCGAUUCACCUGCGUUUCUAAAAGCUUUCAUUCCCUGAUUCUCUCCGACCCAAAAUUCGCCAAGUCUCAAUUCCAAGCUGCUCGUGAUCGAAAAAGCCUUACUCGUAGACUUCUCUGCGCACCUCCUAAAGCGGAAUCUAUCGACUUGGAGACACCGGCGUUUGGAAACUCUUCCUCUGCUGUUACAAAGCUCAAAGUUCCCUUCGAAGAUGUCCAUCUACUUGGCUCCUGCAAUGGUAUUGUACUUGUUGUUUUGGAUAAUUAUAUAUUUUAUAUGUGGAACCCUUCAACCGGAUUUUGGAAGAAAUUACCAGACCGGGAGGGUGCUUCACCGUCUGAUAAUAGACUCUAUUCUGGCUUUGGCUAUUUGCCGGCCAUGGACGACUACAGAGUAUUCGCAUCCUACUUUGACUACACUCCUGAUGAUGAUGAAAUCGAAGUGGGGACCGUUUUCUCCUCCAGAGCUAAUACUUGGGAAACAUUCGAGUACGAUGAAUUGGCUGUUGCAUCUUAUGAGGGGGUUCUUGUGAAUGAGACACUUCAUUGGCACACUUAUUAUCAUGAAAUCGUUGCUUUCGAUCUAGCACAGCAACAGGAUUACAAAAUGAGGAAAACCUUGCUGCCCAAGUAUUUAUAUGACAAAGGCGACGAUAUUCAACUUUCCGGUGGAGAACGCCUGCAUGUUGUUCGUGUUGCCACUCAAAUGACUCCAUGCAUUGAUGUAUGGGUCAUGACUGAAUAUGGCUCAUGGACUAAGUUGUUUAACUUGAAGUUUUCGGGUCCCCCUAAGGAGCGAUGGAGACACACUUCCUGCAGUGUCUGGGUUAUGGAAACUAGUACUGUUUUCUCCAUUUUUACUGGCGACAGGGAUGAGCUUGUGAUGAUAAUAUUUCCGGAGAAUGGCCAUGUGGACGAGCAGCAGGACUCCAAGAUGUUCUCUUGUCUAAAGCAGGAAGAGAUCCACAGCUCUGGGACAGCAAAUUUAUACACACAUCAAAUGACCGGCCCCUAG